UUGGCUGCUACCUUGAUGGCUGGAAGUUUGAGCAUGCCCAUUGGAUGGGUGUAUAAAAGAAGGGACAGUGAGCGCUCUCAGUCUGUCUCCUCAGCUGUGGAGCAGUUAAUUGAGGCUCUAGCUGCUACUGGGAAGCCCCACCAGCGCUGCCUCUGGAAACCAGACCCACGCAAAGAGGCAGCAAAGACAGACAGGCAGACAGAGAAAGAGAGACAGAGAGAGGUGGUGGCGGUCGGGGAAAGGAAACCUCUUAAAUAUAUGCAGACAGACAGAGAUUUCUCUUUCAAAAAAGGGACUUGCUAUACCAAAUACAGCCAGAGAACCCAGCAAAGCAGCCUCACGAUGUCAAGAGAGCAGAGGAACCACAUGGAUGAAUGCUACAGCCACCCAGCCUUCUUCCAAAUCUGCACGCAAGAAGUUGAGAGCGGCGGCGGCAGCAGCAGCAGCUGUGGCAGUUCAAAGGUGCAGAAGAUGUGCACCUCCAGGAGGAUACUGCUGCUUGCCCUCACCUUCCUGGCCUACACAGUGGAUUCUGUUUCUGCGUAUGGUGCUCCUGAAACCCUCUGUGGGGGAGAGCUGGUGGACACACUGCAGUUUGUCUGUGGAGACCGAGGUUUUUACUUCAGUGGCAUUUCUGCUAUUACAGGUAGGCCUGUGGGCAGAAACAGAGGAAGGCUCAACCGUGGCAUAGUAGAGGAGUGCUGUUUCCGGAGCUGCGAUCUUAACCUUUUGGAAACUUACUGCGCAAAAUCUGUCAAAUCGGAGCGUGAUCUCUCGUCAUCUUCUCUUGUAGCCUUACCAGCACUGAACAAGGAUCCCUUUCAAAAGCCCUCUCAUGCCAGGUACUCAAAAUAUGACAUAUGGCAGAAGAAAAGUUCACAGCGCCUUCAGAGAGGGAUUCCCAACAUCCACCGGGCCCGCCGGUAUCGAUGGCAAACUGAAGGACUGCAAGAGUCUGAGGAGUCAAAGAUCCAUCGUCCCUUGAUUGUCCUGCCUACCCAGAAGCCUCUUGUUGUGCAAACCACCACCUCAGAAACAUUGGGCAGCCAGAAGUGAACUGUGAUGAACAAUUUCCAAAAUGGACUCUUUAUUUUUUAUUUCCUAGGCCUGGCCUCACCCUUUUCUCUCUCCCAAACCAAGGUGGAGGGGUGAGGGCAAAUGCCCUUUCACACCAAGGAGUAACCACAAGGGGCACCAUUAACACCAAACAACUGACAUAGAAAGAGAAACAGGAUUACAACGUUGGCGGUGGCAGCAACAACAUUUCUGUGGCAUUGUCUUUUAAGUAUUUUUUGUUUGCUGGUUCUUGUUCCUUUCCUACCCAGUAUUCUCAGCCUUUACUUAAAAGGGACAGUUAAGGCACUUGAACUAUUUAAUAUUGGGCCACUGCCUGUCAAUUUACCAACCAAUGAAGACAGAGAAAGAGAAAACAAUGAUAUUGAAAGAAGCCCAGUUUAUGUCUGUAUUGACAAUAAAAAUGAAGUUGGGGUGGGGGGUUGGAGUGGAAUAUCUGAAGGUUUAAAAUUUUGGCCUCAUUUUCACCCCACUAGUUUUUUUCCUUUGGAAAUCACAAGUCUACAGUAUGUGUUUGAGACUUCUUCUUCAUUUUUUUCCAUGUUUUAAAAACCAGAGAAGAAAUGAUGAGGCCCACUACCUUUUUUUUAAAUUACACAAUUCCAAAUGUACUUGCACCUUUAAAAAUCACCGAUGAAGUGAGAGUGUGUGAACGUUAAGUUCACUUUAAUGGAGGAGGCGUCUGCAUUGCACAUUUGCCACAGAUUUAGUUGAAUUAUAUAAGAUAUAUAUUAUAUAUAACUUUUUUUGGCAGAAAAAGCACUAUUUUUAAUGGGACCAUUUUUGUGUGUGUGUGUGUGUAUGUGUGUAUGUAGUAACUGAAGAGGGAUUGUAAUGUUUAAAUGUUGUUAUGGUGCUAAUGUAAGUUGGAAAAGGGGAAAACGAACCCAGAUAAUUAGAAGAGGGUGGGGUGGGAAGGACAAGAUCUCGAAUACUGAACUUGAAAUUUUUUAGCUUUUCGUUUUAGGAAAGUGUGAAAAGUGUGUUCUUUUUUUUUCUCUUCUGAAAUAUAGCUUGGUCAUGACCAUAUGAGCUAAUUGCCUUUCACUCAUAUACACAAAAUGCAUGCACAUGCAGAAACACAAUAAUACAUCUAUAUGCAUUUUAGAUCAAAAUAUUUUUUUCUUAAGUCCUUCACUCAUUCCCUGAUACCCAGAGCAUGCCAAGUGCAAAGGCAUAUGCAUGUGCUUUGUGAGUUACCUGAUUCUGUUCCAUGGAAGCAAUCAUUGUACAUAGAGUACUCAUUUUUCGCUUUUGCAGCCUGAGAGUCACCAUCCUCCUACCAAGGUGUUUUAAAUCAAUUUUCUGGCCACCUCUGCCAUCUUCUCUCUGAUGCAAUGCCAUUUUUCUGGAAAGCGACUCUUCGCAUCUAUCAGGUUUGGCAAGAACGUAGAUUUGCUGUUGCCCAAUCUAGCCUUAUUAGGAGAAAUGGCUCAAAACAAUUGACCAUCUCCUUAUCUUGCUUCUGCUUCUGCUUCCUUCUUCCCUGUCAAAAGGGGAAGGUGCAAUUCUUCUGAAGGCUCUCUUGCGCCAUCCCAUAAUGACAGCAAUAACAACCACUUAAAGCACCAAGUUUCCCCUUUCCCUGCUAGAGUGAGGGAGAAGUUUUGGGGGGAGGGGGUUAGUACAAAAACUCCAGAGGAAAAGGAGGUAACCUAACAAAUUUGAAGGAAAGGUUGUUCUUCACUGCCUCAUAGGACCUGAGGGACAGGAGAGAGUUGAUGCAUCAAGGACUGGAACUUUUAAAACCCAAUUAUCUGCUCAAAACUCAAGGCUUAAUUGGAGAGGUAUGAAGAAGGUGGUAUAAAAAAAUAAUAAUCAAAUGUUCUAUAGUCAAUCACCUGGCUUAUCUAGAACCAUAAAAGCAAUGCCACAUAUAUAAAUUGCAUAGAAAAAGGGGAACAUCUUAUCAGUGCUGUACCUGCUUUGCCUUAUAUCUAUAUAUCUACAUUUAAAGAACAUAAAGAUUACUUGAAUUUUUUUUUAAGAAAGGGUAAGGUUUUUUUUUUUUAAAAAAUGUUAUCAGUUUUUAAAUUGUUGCAAUCUUGAGCCAUGAAACAUUUGGGGAUUUUUUUUGUUUUCCAUGGCCCUGCACACCACAAAAAUAUGCUCCUUAAUCAUUUACAAAGGAGCGGGGAAAUACACAGCUCAGAUGAAAAUGUUUUGGGGUUGGGUGGGGUGGAGUGGGGAAAACAAAAGAGGUUUUUUUUAAAAAAAAAAGUUUCCAACACACAAGCUUUCAUAGAAGCUCUUUACCAAAAGUCCCCCUUUGAUUUUUGUUUUUUUAAGGUGACAAGUAAAAUAGUCGCUCAAAGAUGAUCAAGCUGCCUUUAUAGCUUUCUAUAUAUGCUUUGGUAGAGGGAACAGGGAUGAUCUUUUUUUUUGAGAGUGAGGAAAGAGCAAAGGGAAUUUUAUAUAUAGUCUGGGCUG